AGGAGCUGGGGGGCCGGGCGGCGGCCGCGCGCCGGGCGGAGAUGCGCGCGGUGCUGCUGCGGAGCGUGCUCGCGGCCCUGCUGCUGCGCGGGCUGGGGGAGGGUUCUGCCCUCCUGCACCCCGACAGCAGGUCCCACCCUCGGUCCUUAGAGAAGAGCGCCUGGCGGGCCUUCAGGGAAUCGCAGUGCCACCACAUGCUCAGGCACCUCCACAACGGAGCACGGAUCACUGUGCAGAUGCCGCCCGCCAUCGAGGGCCACUGGGUGUCCACGGGCUGUGAAGUGCGGUCUGGGCCAGAGUUCAUCACGAGGUCCUACCGGUUCUACCCCAACAACACCUUCAAGGCCUACCAGUUCUACUAUGGCAGCAACCGCUGCACGGACCCCACCUACACGCUCAUCGUCCGGGGCAAGAUCCGCCUGCGCCAGGCCUCCUGGAUCAUCCGAGGGGGCACCGAGGCCGACUACCAGCUGCACGGUGUUCAGGUCAUUUGCCACACGGACACGGUGGCCGAGCAGCUCAGCCAGCUGGUGAACCGCACAUGUCCUGGCUUUGUGGCCAGGGGCCCCUGGGUGCAGGAUACGGCCUAUGACCUGUGGCGGGCCGAGGGCGGCUUCGAGUGUACCCAGGCCCUGCGCUUCGCCAUGCAUGAGCUGCAGCUGCUCCGUGUGGAGAAGCACUACCUGCACCGCCUGGACCACCUCGUGGAGGAGCUGUUCCUUGGUGACAUCCACACAGAUGCCAGCCAGAGGAGGUUCUACCGGCCGUCCAGCUACCAGCCGCCCCUGCAGAGUGCCCAGAACCACGACCACGCCUGCAUCGCCUGUCGGAUCAUCUACCGCUCGGAUGAGCACCACCCCCCGCUGCUGCCCCCGAAGGCGGACCUGACUGUGGGCCUGCACGGGGAGUGGGUGAGCCAGCGCUGCGAGGUGCGCCCCGAAGUCCUCUUCCUCACGCGCCACUUCAUCUUCCACAACAACAACAACACCUGGGAGGGCCACUACUACCACUACUCGGACCCUGUGUGCAAGCACCCGACCUUCACCAUCUACGCCCGGGGCCGCUACAGCCGCGGGCUGCUGUCCUCCAGGGUCGUGGGCGGCACGGAGUUCGUGUUCAAAGUGAAUCACAUGAAGGUGACCCCCAUGGACUCGGCCACAGCCUCGCUUCUCAAUGUCUUCAAUGGUGACGAGUGUGGGGCUGAGGGCUCCUGGCAGGUGGGCGUGCAGCAGGACGUCACACACACCAAUGGCUGCAUGGCGCUGGGCAUCAAGCUGCCUCACACGGAGUAUGAGAUCUUCAAGAUGGAGCAGGAUGCCCGCGGGCGCUACCUGCUCUUCAAUGGCCAGCGGCCCAGUGACGGGUCCAGCCCGGACCGGCCAGAGAAGAGGGCCACGUCCUACCAGAUGCCCCUGGUGCAGUGCGCCUCCUCCUCUCCCAGAGCGGAGGACCUGUCUGCGGACGGUGGGGGCGAACAGCGCAGCCCGGCGCCCGGAAGGAGAGCGCAGCCCGUGCUGCUGGCCGCCCUUGCCGGCCUCCAGACUCUGCUGCACUGGGGCGGGCCCAGCUAGCUCGUAGGAAGUUCUGGUUUUUUGAACUAGGGUUCCUUACCACGUGCACAUUUUCUUUAUGGGAAGAAAGACACUGAUUCUCUUGAUGCACUUGAAUGCCUGAGAGCUGUCGCUCCCUUCCCCUCUCCCUCCCUGCCCGCCCUGAGUCAGAGCAGCCCCGUUUGAAGUUUCUGCUUUGAACUCCGUCCAGCCGGCUCUCUGGCCUCAGCGAGUUCGCAGCAGUAAUUGCACUUUAACUCCGCAGUUUCGGCUGGUGUGUUUGGUGGAGGCAGUGGGGUGGGCGCUGGGUCCUCUUAAUGAUUAGAUUUCUGAGAGUUGAGCUUAGAAGAGCCUCCAGCCAAGCCCCGACCUUUCCUGCCUUGACUGCGCUGCCUCCACCCUCCUUGGAGUCUUGGUCUCCAAGGUUCACAGGCUGGAACCUGGCGCACAGUUGGUUUGGGGCUGCCAUCUAGACACCUCUGCUGAUAGAGGAGAUGUGGGUGUAGAUGUGUACGUAGAGGGUGCAGGGUUUAACCGGGAUAUCUUUACAGAAACAAGAGAAUCACAACUUUCAGAAGUGUGGAAAAGUUUCUGUAAUUAAAGUUCCAAAGUAAUUUAAACUGUUUUUACAUCACUGAUUUGCAAUGUUGAGACGAGGUGUUUGUUAUUUGCUGGUUUGACUGAGGACAGGAUGCAAGCAGCUGCAUUUCCCCUCUUGGGAGACCAGGGUAGGUGGGGAAACAGUGAAGCACCCUGUUGCUGGGUGGCGAGCAGCAGCCAUGCUUGGGGCAGUGGAGGUGUCAGAGCCACAGGAGUAGACAAGAGGCGCCCACUUGUUGCACGCUUUCCUCUGUGGGGCCGAGUCCAGGCUCCCUCUGACUGUCAGGGUGGGGGCAGAGCUAUCCCAGCUCCUGCCUCUGACAGCUCCUCCCUGAGAUCUGCCUGGCCGUGCCGGAGGCUUUAUUAAAUCAUCACAUCCUUGGUGUGCA